AUGAAACUCCUCGCCCUCAUCGCCGUAACUGUCCUUUUUGCUCAAACCGUCUCCUCAUUCCUGGACCGAGAUGCCACUGCUCGCUACUUGAAGGAAAUGGAAAUCGAGUUGGAAUUGGAGAACAACCUAAAAGCUCUCUCGCGUGCUCGUCGAGUUCCAGGCGCUCCUGACGCUCGUUCUUGUGGACCGAAACUCGUCAAAUUGGUUCUUUCAGUUUGUGGAGACAUCUGUACUCCAAAAAGCGGCCUGGACAUUGCCACCCACUGUUGUGCAGAUCAAUGCAGUGAUGACUAUAUUAAAGAAGCAUGUUGCCCAUGA